GGCUUAAAAAAAAGUCGGCGAAGCCUUUCCUGCUUCCCGGGCCCCCCGCCCUUUAAGCCCUCUGUUGAUACUUCGUCGCUGUUUCCCCGAUCAGACUCACUUCGGCGACCUGCUACCGUCGCGCUUCGGCCGCUAUUCGUGCACUUUUGAAGACCCACAUAUUUUUUGUUUCAAUCUUACCCGCUGUUUUAGUUGGCUGGAAAUGCGGGUGUAACGGACUCAUUUUGCAUUUUUUUUAAAUGGGGAUUUUGCCGCAACAAGAGCCAGUGAAUGAAGGGAGAUGAGGGAGCGGUAUCCUUCCCGCCGCCUGGCCUGCGCUGGUCGCUGAAUGUCUACUGUCCCUGAAGCGUUUGGUUGCCAUGGAUAUGCUGAUGGAGGAUGCCAACGUGGAAGCCCUGUUGGCCUAUAUCCACCUGGAGAAGUACCUGGAGAGCUUUCGGCAAUCCGGCGUCUGCUGGGCCAAGGACUUCAUCCACCUGGACCAGGAAGCUCUGAACCAGCUGGGAGUGACUGCCACCGGCCACAGGAAACGCAUCCUGAAACUGGCCGAGCAAAUCCAGCAGACGGCCUGGCUGAGGGAGAGGGAGACCUCGCUGGACCGCUGUCAGUCUGAGUCGGCCAUCCACCUGGCAUCGCCCCCAGUGCAGGGGACACUGACGUCUCCAGUGCCGGGUGAUCAGUCACCUCCAGAGCUACUCCGGAACAAUUCUGUUCCAAAUAUCCCAUCCACCCUCCUGGGCCCAAAUGUUGAGUCGAGCGAUGAGGUGUCAAAGCCGAUUCCCAAGCCCAGGACUGUGUUUACCAAACUCAAGAUGGAGUCUCCAGAACCCCAUAUUCCCAGGGAACCCUCCUUGGAAUCACUGUGCUUUGUAACACUUGAAGGAUCUCCAGUCAGUGAAAAGCCCUCAACCCCAGAGGGACCAGGCCUGGGCUACAAACGAGGCUCCUUCGAUGGACCGCUGCUUAACUGUGCCUCUGCCCCCGAUUCGGGAGGGCUUCUUCCUCCCGUCCCUCCUCGGAUGAACCGGGGCGUGCCGCCUGCCACAUUUCGUGGCCGGUUGUCCCCCGUAGGGAUGGACCAGGAGCCUCCGCCCACACCUCCACGUUCCGGCUCUCCCGGAUCACCCAGGUGUCGUGUGGAGUCCCCGUCACACUACCCUGUCCUCUCCCCGGUGUCUUCAAGUGGUGGUUUAGAGAUGGUCUCCAAUGAGAUCUACUGCGGUGCGUCGCCGAGCUCCACGAUGCACCGGGAUGGGGCGCUUUGGAACCGUCCCGUUCCGCUGCCUCCGCCGAGGCAAGACUCCUCCGGUGGCUCUUCUGAGGGCAAAGGCAGUGCGAACAAUUUUAUGGAUCAGCCCAAAAGAAUUCUGGUGUCAGAUGAAGACGAGUCCAUUAGCCCUUACUGUGAAACCGUGUUUCAGAACCAGCGAUUCCAGGAUGCUAAGGUCAUAAGGACUAAAAGUGAUGGAGAGACCCAGCCACCCAAAAUGAAAGUGGACACAAAAGGAGAGGAUUCUGGGCUGGAACUCCGCCCGCCAUGGUCCUGUCGCUUGUCGCCGGCAAUGCACGAGUUGCCAGCCUAUUGCACGGUGGGUGACCCGGGGCCGCCCUUGGGCCGCUGCCUCUCGCUGCCCCCCCUGGGGCUGUCCUCUGGCGACACGGAUGAGGAGCAGGCCAUCUCGCCCUAUGCCAGUUACACGUCUCUGUCGGAGCAUGUCGCCCCCGUUCUCAGCGGCUGGCUGGACAAGCUCUCGCCUCAAGGGUACGACUCGUCCAGGCUGCCCCCUUCCUCACACUGCCUGUCCUCCCCUCUCCGGAAGUGUCUGUGCUUCGUGUCUGUCUUCCCAAAUCGAAACUAUGUGUUCCAGAAGCGCUACGUGAAGUUUGACGGCAAAAACCUGAUGUACUUUGGCAGCGAGAAGGAAGUCUACCCGAAAGGUGUGAUUCCUUUGGCCGCCAUACAGAUGGCCCGCACGUCCAAGGAUAAUAAAUUUGAAGUUGUUACGAGCCAUAGAACAUUUGUCUUCCGGGCAGAUAACGAAGCCUUGAGGAACAAGUGGUGCAGUACGUUGCAGAGCCGAGUCAAAGACCAGCUGGAGUUUGGCCGGCCGCGCUUCGGCCCUGGCAGCCACUGUCAAAAGAGUGGCUUCCUGGAGCUCAAAGGCACUAAAUCCAAGGUCUACGCUGCCAUCAACACGGAGCAAGUGUGGCUGUACAAGAACGAGCAGUGCUUCAAAAAUGGAAUUGGAAUCACCUUGAUAGAAGCUAGAGGCUCGACGAUUAGAGACGGCAAGGGCAAAAGCUUUGAUCUCAUAACUCCCUACAAAGUUUUCAGCUUCACGGCUGAGUCAGAGCGAGAGAAGAGAGACUGGAUGGAAGCCCUGCAGGAGUCCAUUGCGGAGACGCUCUCUGAUUAUGAGGUGGCGGAAAAGAUCUGGUCCAACCGGUCCAACAAGAUGUGCGCUGACUGUAAAGCCAUCAACCCUGACUGGGCCUCCAUCAACCUCUGUGUGGUCAUCUGCAAGAACUGUGCAGGGCAGCACCGAAGCCUUGGCACUAUGGUGUCCAAGGUACAGAGCCUAAAACUGGACACAAGUGUGUGGAGCAAUGAAAUUGUGCAGCUCUUCAUCAUGCUGGGCAACGAUCGGGCCAAUGAAUUCUGGGCGGCCCACCUCCCUGUGGACGCCGAACUGGACUGCGACGCCACUCCAGAGCAAAGGCGCGAGUUCGUCAUCCUCAAGUACCGCGAGGGACGCUUCCGGCGCUCACAUCCCAGCUUCAACACUCAGGAGGAGCUGCUCAAGGCUCUUUGCACCGCAGUGACUGAGCAUAACCUGCUCAAGACCGUCACAUACAUUUUCAGUGAGGCUGUUGCCAACACUAAUGGCCUGUCACCGGACCAUCGUAUGCAAGCCACCUCAGAUUCCAGCCUGGUAGACUGGACACAAAGCGUUUAUGAUGAGAUCAUCCAGCCUGUCCUGUACUCUGGCUACAUCUACAAGACGGGCUGCUUGAACAAAAGCACAUUAUCCCGCAAGACGAGAGAAGACUUUCAGAAGUACUGGUGCUCAGUGGAGAAAGCCCUUCUCUUCUACGAGUCAGAGAGAUGCCACGAGCCCUCAGCCAAGAUCGACAUCAAGGACAUCGUCUGCCUAGGAGUCAGCCGGCCAGAUACGUCCAACAACACGGGCUUCAUUGACAGGUUCCGCUAUACAUUUGAACUGUGCUUAUCCUCUGAGAAGCUCUACCAGUUUGGACUGGAGACGCCCGAUUCUCUCCACAAUUGGGCAAGAGCCAUUGGGAAGGCUGCCACCCCCAUCAGUUGUCACUGUCUGCUGGCACGUGAGUUCGAGAGGGUGGGCAUCCUGCGCUACAAAGCCAUGCUGGACCCCCGACAGUGGAAGGAGGGCUACUUCGUGCUGCAGAAGUCCAACCUCUUCAUCUGUCCCAGCAGUGACGGCGCUGCAGAGGACAUCAUUAACCUGAAGCACCUCCAGGAACUCAGUGUAACAUUUCAAAAUGAAAACAAUGAGAAGAAAGAAAUUCUGGUGUUGGUUGAAAAAGGAAGGACCCUAUACCUGCAGGGUAUGGGCAGGACAGACUUCUCCCUGUGGUGCACAGACAUCCAGACGGCCGCUGGGGGGAAGGGGAACACGCUACGGGACCAGCAGCUCAGCCGGAGCGACAUCCCCAUCAUUGUGGACAGCUGUAUCGCGUUCAUCACUCAGUACGGACUGGGACAUGAGGGGAUAUACAGGAAGAACGGAGCCAAGACCAGAAUCAAGCUGCUCAUGGAGGAUUUCCGCAAGGACGCUCGCAACGUCAAGUUACGCAUCGGGGACAACUUCAUAGAAGAUGUCACGGAUGUACUGAAGAGGUUCUUCCGGGAACUGGACGACCCCAUCUUCAUGGCUGACUUGCACCCACUCUGGAAGGAGGCAGCCAAGAUAUCCAAUAAGACGCAGAGGUUGGACAGGUACAAGGAAGUCAUUCGCAGCCUGCCCAGGGUGAACAGGACCACACUGGCCGCGCUGAUUGGUCACCUGUAUCGGGUUCAGAAGUGCGCCGGCCUCAAUCAGAUGUGCACCAAGAACCUGUCGCUGCUGUUUGCCCCCAGCCUCUUCCAGACUGACGGCAAGGGGGAGCAUGAGGUGAAAAUCGUGGAAGACCUCAUCGACAACUACCUCUAUGUCUUUGAUAUUGAUGAAGAGCAACAGACCCAGAUAGAAUUAGAGAUCAGCCUCAUUACUACCUGGAAGGAUACUCAGCUGUCCCAAGCUGGCGAUUUAAUCAUUGAGGUUUACCUGGAGAAGAAGAUACCUGACUGCUGUAUCACUCUCAAAGUUUCCCCAACAAUGUGUGCGGAAGAGCUGACCAAUCAGGUGCUGUAUCUGAGGAACGUGCCGGCUGGCGAGAAGGACGUGUGGCUGACGUUCGAGGCGAUAGAGGAUGGGGAGCUCGAGCGCCCCCUACACCCGAAGGAGAAGGUUCUAGAGCAGGCCCUUCAGUGGUGCAAGAUGGCCGAUCCCAGCUCCGCGCACUUGCUGGUUAAGAAGGUGCCUAGAGGAGAGGCCAUCAAUAUCUUUACAGCCUACAAGAGUGAGAUCGUGAAGAGCGGGACCCUCAAGUGUCGGGAGGAGCCGCCCAAACUCCUGCAGGGCAAUAAAUUCCAAGAGCGCACCUUUCAGAUCCAAGAUCACAAGCUGCUGCUGCUGAAGGACAAGAAGAGUAACAAGCCGGAAAAGGAAUGGUUGUUAAAAACGCUGAAGAUUUACAUCGGAAUUCGAAAGAAGCUGAAAGCACCUACCAAGUGGGGAUUUACUGUGUUAUUGGACAAACAGCAACUGUACUUAUGCAGUACCAGCGAGUCAGACCUGUGGGACUGGAUGUUAAACUUUCUUAAAGCGCAGCAUGAUGACCUCCAGGCCCCAGUGCUUAGACGUCACUCCACCUCCGACAUCUCCAAGCAGAAGUUCGGGACCAUGCCUCUGGUGCCCAUCCGAGGAGAUGAAAGCAACUCCACCAUGCUGUCAGCCAAUCAGACUCUGCGAAAGCUACAUGCAAGGAGGACACUGUCCAUGUUCUUCCCUAUGAAGAUGCAGCAGGAUUCAUUUGAGGAGAGAGCAGAAACUCCGGAGCCAUUGUAUGAGGAAGUGGGUGAUUUUAGUCUGCAGGUGCUCGGAUUGCCAGAAGCCGGCAGCUCCGAGACUAAGGAAGUGCCGGACAGGCCAACCAGCCUGGUGGCCAGGAAGACGGCAUCCCUGGACCGGAUGAUCGGGCCCAACCCCGUGUGUCUGCUGCCCCCCGCCACCUCGCUGGACACCCUGUACCGGGACGAGUCCCGGACUCUGGACACCGGCCUGGCACUGCAAGCCUCACCCAGGAGGAAGCUUCUGCAGCCCAGCGACAGAUCCCAGGGGAUGCUGCUCCAGGAGCUCACCACGGUCUUCAGCAGGAAGAACGAGGGCGAGGCUGCGGACGCCGGCGGGGACGUGAAUUUGGAGGGACCUUGAGUGAGCGCACGGCACAGAUACGCCGCGCCGAGAGUUCGCCAGACAGCCCAGAUCGUGGCGCGUAUACAAACGUUACUCUUGGCGGCCAUAGUUUCUUUAACAAGACUGGAUCUAGUGGUAUUAAAGCGUGUAUAACCUUCCCUCUCACACAGUGCAAGUGGAUGGGUUCACACAGUCAAUCCCACCUGACCUGUUCAUGGACACGUUGACCCACAACUCCCAUUGGACCGAUGGACGGCGUCUGUGCUCUCAUUCGUCGCACUUGCCUUGGCCACCUCCCAUUUUGGCCACAGUGGCACCAUGUGUGUUCAUGAGAGAACAACUUUCACCACAUUCGCUUAUUUCAUGUCCUUUUAGGACCAUGAGAUUUUUCUUCUUUUCUUUUUUUAGUCACUCGCCCCCUGCCAGCAUGUGAACAAGUCCAGUCUCACACCUUUUUGCAUAUUGAAAUAUACUUUACAGCCUGCGUAUUUAUUUAUUUAUUUUUAUAGAAUAACGGUAUUUUUUAGAAUUACUUUUUUUGGGUAGUUUGAAAUACACUGUGACGCGAAUAUCAGCUAGAUGGGAGUAUAGAAAGACACACUGAAUAUUAGAUUAAAAUCGUGAACACUAAAAACAUUCCAAAUUACACAAAACAGAUGCGUUUGGGAGUGAUGACCAUGUUAGUAUUUGCAGCAUGCAAAAAAAAUUGUGAAAAUUGUAUUUCUUUCAAAAUUCCUGUAAAAUUACGAUCGACUUGUAUUUGAACACCUGUGUAAGGCUCAUUUUCGUAUUUGUACAGGAGGGGGCAGAGUUGAGCCGGGGUUUUAUAUUACAACAAAGAGUACAAGGUUAAAGAAUCGCCUUGGAACCAGACAUUAAUGGGUGACACUUGUAACCAAUAUCAGACAAAAAUUUAACUGCCUAAAUGUGUUUUACUGCUAACUCUUAUCGAGAUAAGCAAGUAACGUAUUUUACCGACACAGCAAAUCUGAGCGGGAGAACGACUCAAAUAAAAGUACAUUAUCUUAUAUAUAUAUUCGUGGGGGGUGAUUGCUAUCGGUUUAACAAAUGAAAAUCUUCAGGAACAAAAUUAAGAAUGUUUUGCAAAAGUGACUAAAUGGCAAGUAUUGGAGUUAAAUGUCCUAUAAGCUCAUUUUCUGUGAUGUACAAAGCUUUGACUGUUCCUUCCCUAUGGAAUAAGUAUAUUUAGACUUUUAAAAUGUAGUACACAAUCUUAAACUUGCAUAAUAACGUUGUGCCUUUUAACCAACGUCAAAAUACGGAGAGCACCCAAGAGUCGCGCACGAUGUAGUCCUAUAUCUGAACUGACGGAGAACAGAAAAAUGUUACCUGCCUUUCUUAAAACAAAAAAAGCAAAAGAGAUCGAAAUAUAUAAUGAUUGAAUGUUGAUUCUUUGACUCCGUUGUAUCGUUGUUUUCUAUAUACUGAUAGUGUUUUGCUAUUAACUCGUUAGCUGCUGUCCGGCUCUAUUGCCAACGGGACACUGCCUUACAUAUUCUGCUUAACUGUAAAUACUGUAUAGUUUUACAAUACUUCUGGGAUUUACCUAGCUCUUGUUUUGUCAUAUAAUGUGUAGCUCAAAUGAAGGAGUUUUUACAUGUUGUAUUAUAUUAAAUGGUUUCUUUUUUAAGUGUGUGUGUGUCUAAGUAAAGAGACUACAAACCUUU